UCUCAGGGUCAGAACAAGGCAAAGAGCUCUGGGAAGAAACUCAUCCACGAAGCCAACGCUUAGCACCUCCUGGAAGAUCUUCACCAUGAGACAGUCACUCAUGUCCGUCAUCUUCGCUGCAGCACUUUUAUUCGAGUGCUAUGCACUGUCGGUUGCGUUACCCAUGGGCAAGACUGACGACGGCUCCCUGGAGCAGGAUAACAUCGCCUCGCUGCUGAGCGAUGAGGUGACAGAAAACGGCCUUGGAGACGGAGAUCUGGUCGCUGGCAAAACCAGAGGGCCGAGGCUAAUCGUCAUCGGCAAUCCUAACCUCUGGAGGGACCUGCGGUCACUGCACGGCGGACUGACCCUCUACAAGCGGAGAGCUGACGACAACAGCCAGGUCAUCGAACAGAGAGACGCCGGCCAGGACCUGAACAUCCCCAUCCUGAGGAGGGACUCAAUGAGGUGCAUGGUGGGACGGGUGUACCGGCCGUGCUGGGAAGUCUAGGACAGUUUACUCUGGUCGUCUAUGUGUCAAAACAGAAGACUACCACCACAUCCUUUCCUGCCUCACACUGAGUUACAUAAUCCAAAAAUCUAUGUAUCUAUAAUUAAAUUAUUGCAGAUCUUAGAAUUAAAAACACUGAAUUCUGCCUUA